AUCGCGUACUAUUUCAUUUGCACGAAAGUUAUAUUGCGUACGGAAUAGACGGCGAGGAAUCAUUUCGCUUCCGUCUAUCGAACAGAGUGGUCGUGCUCUUUUUGAGGUCCUCCUUUUGGUUGAGAUUCCCGUGUGUGGUUUGUGCGAACAGAUCGACCUGGACGAACCUCCGGCGAAAACGGUACAUAUUACGUUAAAUUUUCGAAAGCAAUUUUUGGUGGUGAAAAAAUUUAAAUGAUUGUUAAGUUCUACAAAUAGGCGCUUGGGAGAGUGUACAUAUGGGGUCUGGCCUCCAGUUCUGUGAGAUCUAUUUGGGAUUGUUUGAUUGAGUAAAAAAGGAAAUAAUUGCAGCUGAUUGCAAAUGUAAAGAAACAAACAGAGUAAAAGCAAGAGUUGAAAGUUUUUUUUUUGUUUCCGAAACAGGUAGAUCGAUUGAUUGGAGUUCAAACAUUCUCGAUCUCGAUUGUUUUACUGUUUGUGUGUUUUGAUCGAUCAGAAAACAUCCAGCAUCCGCGUGCAUUUUUCCAGUUGGAGCUAUGUAUGGUACGCGUAGUGAUCGCUUUUCUUGUUAUUGGUUAUUGAGUGAUUGAAUUUUUUGUAUGAUAAUAAACCUAAAGUGAUCGCGAUAAGUGUUGAGUUUCGGGGAAGAUACAGUUUUCUGCGUUAAUUUUGAAAGUUAUCGGGCUAAAUCUUGCCUAGUUGUUGCUCACCAAGUGCUUGACUACGUCCAUCAACAUCAACAGAAUAAGCAACGGUUGAAGAACAAGAAUUGACCCCUACCCAAAGGAGUCGGUACGAGAUUGAAACGUCGAUAAAUACGUCGCAUCGCAUCUGGAGGAUUCUACGCGAUUACUUAACAUCCUCGAUAAGUAAACAGCGCACGCCAUACAGGACUUUAUAUUUUGCACCCCAUGAAAUAAAUAUUUGAAGAAGUUUUCUACGGACAUUGAACCAGUUUUGGUAAGAAAUCAGAGUUUGGGAAGCUCUUUCACGUAGCAAAUCAACAUGAUGAGCCGAAUUGUCAUCGUUUGCCUCCUGGCCCACCUGCUGCAACAUUCGUUUGCUGCACCGUUGGAGCGCUCGCACCUGUUGUCAUCGAUCCAGGACAUUCAACGAAAAUAUGCCUCGCUAGAAAACGAAUUCAUGCCAUCCAACGAGAGGAGUGAUACCGAGAUGGAAGCGAUGAACGAUAGUAAGCCGGAAGUUGAUGUGGAUAACGUCGAAAAUGCGGAACCGAUGGCAGAGGGGACGGAAAAUAAACCAGUGCAAGAAUCCGUUCGUCAGGCAAAGGUGUUACAGUCGAAAUCUUCAGAGGACGUCAGCGCCCAAGGCGCAAAGCGUAAAAACAAGAUGUUUGGAUUUUACGGAUACUACCCGCAGCCAACCUAUCCCCAACCGAUGGCUUACCCGUCCUACUAUCCGUUGGAAUAUUACGACGACUACGUUCCACUGGAAAGUUAUCCGAACGUAAACCCACUGAUGAACUUGCAAAAUAUGGCUGCUUUCCAAAAUAUGGCGGCAUACCAGAAUUUUAACAACAUUCCAAACGGUCCGGUUGCUGGUAUUCCGAAUUUGAACAACUUUGACAAUAACCAGGCUUCACAGGACUACCAGAAUUUGGCUGGAUUUUCGAUGAACGACAACGGUCAAAACAUGGAUGACGAAGAAAUCCUUUCCCGUACCAAUCAAGGAUCACGUCGCCGACCAAACCAUAAGAAUUCUCCUAUCUAUUACAUCCGUUUGCCACCUACUCCAUACAUGUUCGUCCCUGGAAUCGGAUACAUUUCCCAGCCACCAACCAUUCAGCCAAUGAGUCCAGCCGUUCCACAGUAUCCACAACUGGCCCCACCAGUUACCAUGAGUCCGUUCUACAACCUGCCCAUCAACUUCAUUUCCAAUGGCAAACCAUCCGGCAUUUACCAAUGGAGUGGUGCCCCAACACCUGCUCCAAUUCCGCAGCCUACGUACGCCUUGCCAUACCCUGCGGCAAGACCACCACCACAACGCCCCAUCUUCCGGCCCAACCCGUUCGUGCAGGACUCCAAAAUCACUCAUCUUAAAGGUCCAUUCAUCUUCAACGGCAGACCAGAAGAGAUUUUCUUAUUGCAGAACUCGAUCAAUCCAUUCUUCCAGGCACCAAUCAACCCCAUAAGUCCUAUUGGUGGUUAUUACUAAACAAUCAUCCUUAAUGAUAGAUUGUGAUAUGAAGAAAACAUAACAAUAUUUUAUUUACAAAAGCAGGGCCUUAUGAUUCUUUAUCAUGCAUGCACUCACUAUUCAAAUGGUGAUCAUUUUCAGACAAAUAUCGUUCAAUAUUAUUUUUGUAGCACUCAAACAAGCACUAUAGACAUGAUUUUCAUCCUUCAUCGUAUUGUAAAUAUUAAAAAAAAAUGCGAACAAAAUCUCGAAUGUAACCAUCUACGCUGGUAUGAUUGAUAAACCUAACCCGUGCUCAGUCGAAUUUAAAAUCUGCUCGAAUAAAUGAGCUUCCAUCCGUGUCACCUAAAAGUAUGCUAUUCCAACUUUCAUGGAAGUUUUGAUUCAUCAUUGCCUCA